UGCUCAUAUCAACGCUCCAUUUUAUAUCCAUUUCCAUUUGAACCCACAGUUUUCAUUUAACUUUUGUAGUAAUCUUGUAUUCUUCUAGGGUUACAGAUGACCUCUACAGGAUUCCGUGUUCUGAACGAAAUGGCACAGUUAAGCCUGGACGUUGCCAUAUCCAGUGAGAGAGCAAAGCUCUGGGGGAAGGCAAUAGAAAACUAUAAGAAGCUACUGAGAUUUCUUAACACAAUUAAAAUCUCUGAAAAGGUGGAAAUGGAUCCACAGCUCAAACAAUUGCUUUAUGAAACCUACUAUCAUAUGGGUGUUGCAUAUCAAAAUAUAAAUCAUCAUGAGGAAGCUGUGCUGCACUACACUAAAGCGUUACAAGCCGCAUCUAUCCAAAAGAAAAACUGUGCUGUUGGCUGUACAGUAGGAACCUGUCUACACACUCCUAUACUGACCCGACGUGCCUUUGCCUUUGUAAAAUGUGGUGAAACAAGGAAAGCCUUGAGAGAUGCUGAUACCGCUGUUGUCUCAGAUAAGUUUAAUCCUGAUGUUUAUUGCAUCUGGGCUCUGGUGUGGUGCACAAUGCAGAAAGAAGCGGAAGCUAUUAAAGAUUUAAAUUAUGGGCUACGCAUCAACCCUUCUCAUGCUUGUUUAUUGAUACUAAGAGGCAACAUAAAAAAAUACAUGAGACCAGAAAAUAACUCCGAUCUUCCACUGAAUAAUGAUCAAGAAAAGGCCCUUCAAAUCAACUACGCCUCAAUCAAAUUUUUAGGUGUAAAGAACUUCAGUAACCCUGACAUAUCUGCAUUCUACAAUACUAUGCUUUGGUCUCUAAAUGUUCCUCACACAGUGGUCUCUGUAUGUCGGCCUCCUGCUUGCUCCACGGCACAAAGUGUUUUAUUCCAUUUGCAAAGAGCAUCUUCAGCACCUGUUCCAAGAAAUCAGAAUGAACACUUUUUUACUCAAGAUCAACAUCAAGUUUCAUUUCGUGGUAGUGAUAUGACCAGAAACGCUCCAAAAAUUGGACUGGAAAGAAGGCUGAAUUAUGGUAGAGCUGUGACUGCAUACACUGUAGGACUUAGAGGUAUUGGAAGAAAAGAUUUUGAAAACAAUGUUCAAUUAUGUGACAGUUUUACUGUAUGUACAAGAUCUUCUCUUCAGAAGUAUCUGCGUUGCAAAAUAUAUGAAGCAACGGAUUUUUCUACGAAAUGAUUCCUGUCAGACAGAUCUGGACUUCUUAUCCCGGAAACUCAUCUAAUCUUGCAGCAAGUCUAGGACUUCCCAUCAUAUUCCCUACAUCCAGCUGAAGACCGUCUCAAGUGGAGCCCCCUGGGACACCCCAUUAUAUUACUAUAAUAUAUCACUAUAACGUAUAACCCUAAUAUUGUACUACAUCAUGUCUCCUUGCAACAUCCUCUUGUUACGUAUAAAUCAUGUUCUCUUACGAAUAUUCUAUGUUUAUGCCACCAUUUCCACUUUCUAGAUCAUAUGACUUGUUAUCCCCUUUUAUGAAUUUCCUUUGAUAUUUGUCAAUGUUUUCCUUUUUUCAUGUAUAUCCCAGGCCGUGAACAAGGUCUAGGUUAGACCUAAACGUUGGCCAG